CGGGAGGAAUUUCGCAGGUGCACUGGAUGAACUUUCACCCCGACAAACGGAUUCAUUGUUUUGAUUCACCUAGCGUUGCAUUGCAUAUUUAUGUGCUUAGAGACCACCCGAUUGAUAGCGUCGAUAGGAACAGCCGUAGUUGAGUGAUGCCUAUGUAGCUAGAUGGAACAAAAAUGAUGUCUCUGGUACGAUAUUAUAGCCUAGCUAGCGAGCUGGCUAACUUGACCGUUCGCAACAAACAACAACAUGGGAACGCUAUUACAACGGAUCUGAUCAAUCAUUUGUCGCCACUGGUCAAUUAACGUUACUUAGUACAGACAAAUUCAUGCCUACUUACACUUUGCUAACAUUUUAAAAAGUCACUAACUUCCAAUGGGCGAGGAAAAGCCAGAGACGUUGGACUUCGUCAAAGACUUCCAAGAGUAUCUCAGCCAGCAGACUCAACAUGUGAACAUGAUCUCAGGCUCUGUCAGUGGCGUCAAAGAGGUGGACGACUUACCAGCAGACUGCAGUCAGAAUGGGCUGGACCACCCCUCAGCAGAUAUGUCCCUUGACGACGGCUCAGGGAUGCUGGUAGAUGGCUUCGAGAGAACAUAUGAUGGCAAACUCAAGUGCCGUUACUGUAACUAUGCCACCAGAGGCACAGCACGAUUAAUUGAGCACAUCCGUAUUCACACAGGAGAGAAACCCCACAGAUGCCACCUGUGCCCCUUCGCCUCUGCCUAUUUGCGCCAUCUAGAGGCCCACAUGCGCUCCCACACAGGAGAGAAGCCUUACAAGUGUGAGCUGUGCUCCUUCCGCUGCAGUGACCGUAGCAACCUGUCACACCACCGCCGCCGCCGGCACAAGCUCUUACCAAUGAAGGGCGCUCGCUCCUCUCUCUCCCACAAGAAGAUGCUGAGCGUCUUGCAGAAGAAGACCAGCCUGGGGUACGGUCGCCGGCUCCUCAUCAACUUCAGCCCACCCUCCAUGGUGGUGCACAAGGCCGAGCACCUGGAUGACUACUCCCACGAGCUGCCCCACCUGCGCCAGGAGACCUACGACAACCACGGCGCUGGUGGAGAUGGUAGCUCAAUGGACGACCUCCACAAUCAUCACCACAACCUGGUCAUGGAAAACCCCCUCAACCAACUCUCGACCCUGGCCGGCCAGCUGGCCAGCCUGCCCUCAGAGGCUGAAAGCCAGACCCAGCAGCCUCCCAUGUCUCCAGGUGCAGAGUCCUGUGUGGACGAGAAGCCCUUCCUCAUCCAGCAGCCUCACCCAGCCACUGCUCCUGCUGCUGUGUCAGCCAGCACUGCCCACGCCUCUUCCUCCUCCAUCACCCCAGAGCCCAGGCCCCCACCAGACAGCAACUGCAGCCCCGGGGCAGAUCCCUGCAGUGAGCACAGUGGGCGCACCAGUACCCCCAGCAUCACCAACAGCCAGCCCAGCACACCAGCCCCGGGCCUGCCCUCUCUGCAUCAAGACCCCCAGAUGCUGCACCACUGCCAGCACUGUGACAUCUACUUUCCUGAUAACAUCCUGUACACCAUCCACAUGGGCUGCCACGGCUACGAGAACCCCUUCCAGUGCAACAUCUGUGGCCACAGGUGCAGGAGCAAGUACGACUUUGCCUGCCAUUUUGCCAGGGGGCAGCAUAAGCAGUGACUUGUUGCCCGGUCAGUGACCGGAGAGGAUGAAUGGAGGUUGUUUUUAUUUAAUUCCAUGAUGAUGAUUUUGAACGUUCUGAAAUUGGCCUUGAUGUACAGUGAGGGAAAAAAGUAUUUGAUCCCCUGCUGAUUUUGUACGUUUGCCCACUGACAAAGAAAUGAUCAGUCUAUAAUUUUAAUGGUAAGUUUAUUUGAACAGUGAGAGACAGAAUGAC